CUCCCCCAUCUGCUCCCGCGGCGGCUUCCGCCCUACCCCUUCCCCACCCCUACCCCUCGCCAUCCAUCCUCCCCUCCCCUUCCCUUAGUUAGUCCUCCCCUUCCCCAGCCACCCCUCACCCUUCCUUCCUCAACCCCCACGGCUUCUGAUUUGUGAGAUGGCUACAGACUUUCCUGAGUCCACUGCCCCUGACUGCAAAGGAGACCUGAAAAGUAACACCAAGCUAGACACGGAUUACCCACUUCGGGUCCUGUACUGUGGAGUCUGUUCAUUACCAACAGAGUACUGUGAAUAUAUGCCUGAUGUUGCUAAAUGUAGACAGUGGUUAGAGAAGAAUUUUCCAAAUGAGUUUGCAAAACUCACUGUAGAAAAUUCACCCAAACAAGAACCUGGAAUUGGGGAAGGCCAAGGAACAGCAGGAGAAGAGGAGGAGAAGAAAAAGCAAAAGAGAGGUGGAAGGGGUCAAAUAAAACAAAAAAAGAAGACGGUUCCACAAAAGGUUACGAUAGCCAAAAUUCCCAGAGCAAAGAAGAAGUAUGUAACAAGAGUGUGUGGCCUUGCAACUUUUGAGAUUGACCUUAAAGAAGCACAAAGGUUUUUUGCUCAGAAAUUCUCCUGUGGUGCCUCAGUUACAGGAGAGGAUGAAAUCAUCAUUCAGGGAGACUUUACAGAUGACAUUAUUGAUGUAAUUCAGGAAAAGUGGUCCGAGGUCGAUGAUGACAGCAUUGAAGAUCUUGGAGAAGUAAAGAAGUGAUUUUAAAAAUUUGUCUGUAUUUAAUAACCUGAAGUUAUAGUUGAUGUAGCCAAAGGGAGGGAGGCCUUUAAAAAUAUAUAUAUUUAUCCUACAGUAAAACUGUAGACUACCCUUAUCCUUGGCAUUUCACUGUUCUGUACAAGGCUGCUUGUGUUUUUUUCUUUUGUUUUAUUUUUUAAAUUGCCAAAGUCCAAUAAACUGGGGAAAUUCAUCAUGCUUAUGCAUGAAAUAGAUUUAGUUAAAUAAAAAAUUUUGGUCAUAUGGUACUGACUUUUUUUUCCCUCCAGCACACUGUAGACUUUUUGUGGGGAGCAUUUUAAUUCAUCUGUUGCUAUUUCAACUCGCUGUACAAUUUUUUAAAAGAAUCUGGAUUUCUUACUACCAAAGCCAGGCUUUUUUGCUUCUCCCUUAAGUCUCCAGUGUGUUAACCUUCAGUUGGAUAGAAGGCAGCCUGUAGAUUCCUUGUGGACUUUAUGGUUCAAUUACCAACAGAAACCCAUUUUAUACAUAGGGCCAUUGAGAGAGGUUGAAAAUUCUUCCCAACGUCUAUAAAUA